UCCGUGUCCUUGGUGGCCGCAGCAUCGUCGCCGUCCAGGAUAAACACAUGGCUAAACUGAGCAAAGAAACCAAACAGCGGCUGCAGCAGCUGUUCCAAUGCGGCCAGUUUGUCAUCAGAUGGGGUUUCAUACCCACCGUGUUGUACCUCGGUUUCAAACGGGGAGCAGAUCCAGGAAUGCCUGAGCCAAAUGUCUUGAGUUUGCUGUGGGGCUAAAGAUCGUCUCCACACAGCCGGACACCUCCCGUCAUCGAGACCAUGUGACCCACCUGUCAUUGGAAAUCAAGGACAUUAUUUUUUCACAUCUCUCUGCAUAAAUCAUCCUGUCCAAUAUCAAAGAAGUAAUGACUAAAUGUUACGUGACCAUACUGUUUAUGGCCACAUAUGCAGGUGUAGGGAUGUAUUUGUACUGUCGGCUUCAUGGACAGAACAUAUUUGGAUCAACAACCUGGAACCAAGCUUUCAUUCUUGAAAAUAUGUGCUAUUGACUGGAUUAUCUGUUGGUGUUUUGUCGGGAAUGUGUGACAGGGAUGUUUGGAUAUACCAUUCAUUCUUUUUUUUCCACUUUUUAUUUGUAAUUUAAGAUUUCUGAGAAUAAAUCCACAAAGAAAUGUAA